AUGGAUCCUACUCCAAGUAUGAACACAGAAUUGUGGAAGUGUUUCUUAUCUUUCAUCCUUUCCCCAGGCAUUGAUCACAAGACGACAACCAUAUUAUUGGAUGGCAAGAGGGUGAAAUUACAACUAUGGGAUACAUCAGGCCAAGGUAGAUUCUGUACCAUCCUCAGAUCCUACUCACGUGGCGCUCAGGGCAUUCUACUGGUCUAUGACAUCACAAACAGGUGGUCCUUUGAUGGCAUAGCAAGGUGGAUCAGAGAAAUCGAUGAGCAUGCACCAGGGGUUCCCAAGAUACUGGUCGGCAAUCGUCUCCAUCUUGCCUUCAAGCGUCAGGUUAGCGGUGAGGAGGCCCAGGAGUAUGCAGUCAGGAAUGACAUGGCUUACUUUGAGGUCAGCCCGCUCUGCGAUUUCAACGUGACAGAGUCGCUGACGGAACUCUCGCGUCUGGUGCUCAAGCGUAACGGCAUGGAGAGGUUGUGGAGGACAAAUAAAGUGUUGAGUCUGCAGGACUUCUGCUGCCGGACGAUUGUUAACUGUACUUCCACCUACUCCAUAGACAAACUACCCAUCCCUAUGACCCUUCGUUCACGGCUCAAGUCCUUCGCCGAUGCCAAUCACAUGCACAGAUACAUGCUGCCCCCGCCAGACAUCCGCUCCAAGAAGCGCAGGACGAUACUUAACGCUCAGGACCCGCCGUAUUCAGCGCGAAAGAGCUGCAUAGUGUCAUGACAACGGGGUUGCCAGUGGCUCAGCAGAUUCGGUGCCAAGCGCCACUGGACAAAAUGAACGUUCUUUAGACGAAACACUUCCUUUGGUCGUGGGAAGAGCGCCAUCCAGUUUUAUAUACUCACUGCAAUAUUGUUCUAUGAGUAAACCUAUUCCAACUUUUUGCCAUUGGAAUUUAUCCUUGCAUUUUUGUAUUAGCUUUUAUAGAAAUUUUGUGUCCAUUGAUUAUUUGAGAAUAAAUAUUUGUGAAUUUGUGUUUUUGUAGUCGACCUCCUGCAUACUGUAAAGGUUAAUGCAUUUUUACAUUGGAAAAAUUUGUGAUACAGUAUUGUUAUUCCUCUUUUAUUCUAUCCUUCCUAUUUCAGACUAUGUCUCUAGAACUAGUUGUGGCUUUUACCUUGACAAUCCUUCACUUUUACUAGAAAAACUUAAUAUAAUGCAUGCAAACAAACAAUGCUCUUUAACAUUUUAUGCUUUUCCUGAUGUCCAUAAUUUGUAUUGGACACAUUGUGAUAAAGGAGAAUUUUACCCACAUGAUAUAGCUGGUUUUAAUGAAAUAAGAAUAUAAAAUUAUUUUUUUGGUGAAAAUUUACAAAAAAAUCCAUCAAGGCAUAAAAAAAAAAAAAUUCUCCGGAGAAUAAAUUGAUUACAUUGGUCGUUCCCUGCUGUUAUUCCUCAUCUGCAAGAAACUCUUUUUUUUUUCAAUUAUUGAAAUAAGAAUGGUUUGGCUGUGAACAAACUUAAAGACCAAAGAAAUUUUUGGUGUGAAAAAUAGAGGUUUUGACAAAAUAGAUUUCAUGGUCCAUUGUUACAUCACUUUUACUUUCAUCCAUCAUCAUUUUAAAUAUCAAAGUUAUAACAUGAUAUAGAAUACGAUCAUCAUGAUAACUGUAUUUUAACGUCAUGGUAUAUGACAGCAAUGUGAAAGGCUUGUCACAUUGUUAUGUUGUUUCUACUUUUAUGCAGAAAUAUGCAAGCAAAUUGAACAGGGUUAUAUGUGAUAAGAAUUUUUGUAGACAUGACCUUUUUUUACAUUGGAUAUUGUAUUUUUUUUGUUUUUAUGUAGCAUAUGCAUGUAUCAUUUCUUCAUGCUUAUAUAUCAUUACAAAGCCAGACCUCCCCUCACCCUGUACCGCCACCCCCAUCAUAAGCCCAAGGCAAGGUAUUUUUCAGUCUGUGUCAAACUCGUCUUUAAGAUUUUCUAUAAUGAUAGCAGUUGAAUCUGUUCCCUAAGGUUAAUACGGCUUUUAUUUCAGUCCAAUUAUUUUAUUGGAAUCAUAGCAAUAGAGGUAGCUUUAAAUAUUUUUUUUUAUUUUGUGGUUUACAUCAGACAAAAGUUUCCACAACUUUCUAAAAAGGAAAAAUAGCUUAAAAAGCCUUAAUCUUCAGUUUAUGCAGUAUAUAUGCUUCUUUCCAAUAGUCUUGCAUGAUAUGUUUAUUUCAGAUUUCCAUAUGGCACUUUGCCAAAAGUUAGAGCAGCAUAUUUCGAGCCAUAAUUCUGCAAGCCUCUUUUUAUCACCAAUCCUCAGAUAUCUUCAGAGUCAAUACAAUGGGUGAUUUCAAGUCAGGUGUUGGCGUUGGUGUUGGAAGCACGAUUUGGAUUGCUUCCCCUAGCUCCAAAACCUAUUCUGAGUUUGUAAAACUGAUCCAGAUCACAUUAUAUUGACAUCUUAACAACUAGUGAGUGACUUUUCAUGACCAUGUUAGUUUAUGUUUGGUGUUAUACGCAUGUAAAACUUGACCUAACACCAACACCAAAAGGUCAACACUGAACUUGAAAUCACCCAAGCUGCUCUGAAAGACACUCAGGCCUGUUCUCUGAACUCCAGUAUAAUUUGACCUCUGGGAGGCAGCCAGGAGCACUUUAUAAAAGGACUUGUCAGACGUUUUAUCUGGCAAGUCCUGUUUUUGUCAGUUACCAUAGUAACAGUGCUUCUCAGCCAAUAAAAUUCAAGGAAAUUGUCAGAUCUGAAAACUUUUCGGAUGAAAGCUCAUUUGACACUAGGAUCAUUCAAAUAGUGACUGAAAUAGUUAUCUUCUUCAUUGAAACAUGAGGAAAGAGCCAAGUAAAGAUGGGAAAGAUAUAAUGUUAAUGCAAUUUUGAAAUCUUUUGCUUCCCAUAAUUUUGACAUAGGCCCGUAUUCUGAAGUCAGGUUUAACUGUCUAACUCUGUGCUAGAAUUAUGGGGAGCCAAACAUUAAAAAAUUCUGUGUAUGUUGUAUAUUUUGUAUGUUUACUAUUUUGUUUCCUUUUGCUUUCAUAAUGAGGAAUAAUCCUUCAAAAUACUAAAGUUAUCAUUCCCAGACAAUUAAUGUAUGAACAAUUUGGGUGACAUAUUUAAUUAAUUGGAUGUGUACUGUUAGGGAUUUGUGCCCCAAUUGGCUCUCCAUAGUUAAACCACAAAUUUAAACUAGGGCCAUGGUCUAAGACACUGUUCUCGUUUCGCUUUCUAAAACUAGUUUACUGGAAACCGGUUCAGGUAACCAGUUUGGAGGAUCGCUUUUGCUUGAUCACAUGAAAGUAGUUUUCAAAAUCACUUCACGUAAAGCGAUCUUGUUGCUAUGGAAACACUCUCAGUGGGGUGAUAUGUUUCACGCAGAAUUCGGAACCACAGCGUAGGCAUUCUACACCUGUCGUAUGGAGUAAUGUGCUCAAAAUGUGGGAAGAUCGCUUCCCGAAGAACGAUUGUUCCCUCACUUGCACUAAAACCAGUUUACUGAGGCGAAGCAAUCUUGAAAACUACAUCGCGAACUGGUUUGGAAGAUCGUUUCCAAGACCACUUCGACUGUUCUCACUAUGCGUUAAACUAGUUUCCACUAAAUUAGUUUCCAGUAAACUAGUUUUAGGAACGUAGUGAGAACGGUGUCUAAGUUAAACUGGACUUCAGAUUGCGGGUCUUGCAUACAGGGAUCAUGCUAAGAGGUGCACAGCAAGAGGCUUUUUGGUGAGAUGCCAAAACCUCCAUGGUAAACCUGUGUUUGCAUUUUGUUGACGAGUGAUCUACAUGUAGUCAUGUGUCUAUUUGAACAAUAUAUAUAUAUCACCUAAUGAGUUUGUAUUCAUAUAAUCACUUCUGCCAUGAUAUGAAUGUAUAUUGAUCUGUCUUUAUGUUUUUAUUAUCAAGGUGUCUCUCUACAUCACUACCUCUUUUCAUAGGUGAUUUGAAACUUAAUAUGUGACGACAGGUGGAAAUGUUACCUGGAGUGAGAAAAAAGGAUUUCAUGAAAUUAAACGACUUUGGAGCAGUAUAUUUUUGUGUAACACAGGCACUACAGAGAUUUGUAUCAAGUUUUAACAAGGAGUAAAAUUUGGACUUAUACCCCUGCAUUUCUAGUGCUUCACAAAAGGUUUUGUUGCAAAAACAGCUAUGAUUAUGUUAAAUUGUCAAGUACAAAUUUUGCCAAAUUCUAUUAAAAUUUCCCCCAAAAUGAGGCCAGAUAAUGAGAGCUCUACUGUUGUGUAUUAAGUAUGAAUGAAAUGUCAAAGUUGGCAUCCGUGUGAUGGUAUCUUUGUCAGUAUCGAACACUAAGAAAAUUAUCAAUUUUUCUAAAAUUCAAGUCACUUAUCAUUGAGACUUAUUUCAGAAUGCACUUUUUUUAAACAUACCCAUCCUGAGUUGCAGAAGAUUAGAAUGGAUGCUUUGGUGCGGCAUGUCAGGUGUACGCAUUCAUUUGCAAUGAUAUUGUGAUGCUGCACUGCUUCUCAGUUGAAAUUUUUGCCUGAAUUUGAAGUUUUAGAUGAAGUGCUAAAAAUAUGUAAAAGAUUCAAUUAAUGCAGGAAUUGAAUACUGACCCAGGAAAAUUAUAGUUUGGGCUUAUUUUUGGUAGUCUGGUUUUAAUUAAAUGUUGUGAGGAAAGGGUGAGAUAGCCCACAUAUUCCAUUCAUUAAGGAUGCUCCACAGUUAAAAUGAAAUCCAUGUCAUAUACACCAAAUUUUGCACAGAGUUACUUGAGCACCUGAAUAUUUCAAAUACGUAAAAUUAACAAGGGUUCAUGUGCUUGAUUUUUUUGCUGUGGAGCUUUGAAAUUCACCAAAUUUGAUUUACUCAAGAAUUGGGCAUUUAAAAAGAAUUAGGUAUGUUUUGACCUCAUGAGAUUACUGCGUUGAGUUUAUACGUCUGUUACCCAGUAAAAAUACAGGUAAAUUUCAUCAAAUUUUACAGUAUUGUUCAAAAUUGAAUACUUAGAUGGAGCAUCCAUUUAUAUUGUUAUACGUUUUCCCUUUUAAGGCUAGCAGUACCUUCAAUUCUUUAAAAUGGUGCCAAAAGAUAAAACAAAACAUAUCUCUAAAAUUUGAAAUUUCUGUAAGAAAUCUGUGAAGUACAAUAAAUGCUCCACUUUUUUUCAAAACCCAUGUCAUUUUCACCAAACUUUGGAAAGUUGUAGAGGAAAGUAUACUUAAGAAUUGCACAUUUAAAAAACAGGGGUUCAUGUGCUUGUUUUUAAACUAUUAGCACUUUUGUUGGAGCAAAUGUGCUUUUCAAAUCACCAAAAUUGCGGCAAAUACUUUGUACCUAUGUGAGGAAAAAUUCUAAACUACUCUACCAUUUUAUUCAAAUUUGAGGUCAUAUUUGUCAUACUUUGCAGCAAUGAGAGUAAAGUAUUAUGAAAUUAUAGAGAUAUUUAAAAAAUUAUCUUUGGAUUCUUUUCAGCUAAUUAGCUUUAUAAAAUAAUACAUCGGAUAUGCCGAUAUAAUGCAGAUCAAAGGGAAAAUCAGCUGGUACCUAAAGCUUAUUAAUCACCUGUUCAUCCAUUGUGACGCCAAAGCGCAUAGUGUAAAAUAUGCGCAGUUCAUGAUGCGCACAAACUUAACUGUGGAACGUCCUUAUAUACAUGCUAUGGGAUUGAACUUUUGAGAAUUCUCAUCCUUUGUGUUAAAAAAUAUUACAAGUUUGGGUUUUCACUUAAUGCUGAUGGGAAUGUAAAUAACUGAGAACUUGAUCUAUUGCAAAAAAAUGGUCAGCAGACGUACGUAAAAUUGUGCUUAACGUCGGACAGCUUCAUGAAAUGGCCCCUACAAGCAUUCAUGCUUUCUUUCACAAAAACAAAUGACUGUAUCGCAGCAAAUCACUAAUCUGUGCCAACACUGCUUCAAAAUCAAUUCUUCUCUAUCAGUUUAAUAUGAUGUUCAUUUAUAGAAGCUGCAAAUUGUCAUGUCCGUGCAAGAACGCCAUUAACACCACAAUUUGCGCAUUGCAUGCGCGCAAAAACGCCCUUGCACGUGUAAGUGCAUUGCGUUUAGGGCGUUUCUGCACCGAUGCGGUGCCCGAAAAUGUUUUUCUUAGGACGAUUUUGCACUGACAACAAAAUAUGAAAAUCAUAUAUUUUUCAUUAUGAUCACAUUUGUAUAAGGUUGUUAUUCAUUCAUUCAUGUAGCCUUUUCUGUGUUGGGUGUUUAUCUGUGUCCUACAAAUAUGUGUAACAAAAAAUGAUAACAUAUGUAAACAAAAAGCUUCAUAUUGUGUUUAUGUGUGUAAUAUCUUUGUGAGAUGGGAAUUCUGAUGCCGAUUUAUUGCCACUCUUUGUAAAUAUCAAAAUCUAUGUCAUUCAUUUACUGUGAUAUGUGCUUCAUAGACUUACUGUGUGUUAAGAACCAUUCCUAGUUGAAUGCUACAAUAUGUCUGAUUCUUGUGGGAAGAUCAGUGCAAUCCAUUUUAAUAAUUGUUUACUUUGAAAUAAUAAUGUGAAAUACAUUCAAGUCCUCUUUACUUUUAUAAUCUACGGCUUGUAUUUUUCCACUGUUUAUGAAGAUUUUCUCCUCGCUCAUCAAUUUCGAUCAUGUUUGUCUUGAAUUGGUAAUGGGGUGUUUUUGCUCAGUGACAUGGGAAGUAGGCCUAUUCAAGAACAGAGAGUAUUUGGAGCAUUGUGGCCCAGAUUAGUUCCCUGACUUUGAAACAGAGGGUUGUGGGUUUGAAUUCCAGUCAUGGCAUACUUUCCUUCUGCAAAAAAUUGAUCCACAUUGUGCUACACUCAACCCUGACGAGGUAAUUAGGUGCCUGGCAGAAAAUUUUCCUUGAAAUGCUUGUGCACUGUAUAAAGCUUGCCAGGCAAAAGCCAGGGUAAAAAUAAUAUCCAAGUCUUUUGGAAGCAUCUUAAGAUGUUAAAUGGUAUACAAUACGUGCUCCACAAGAACUAUCAUUAUUACUUGUGUCAGACAUCUGUGCUGGUUAUUUACAAAACUGUAUUGCCCUAGAUUUCAUGAAUAUCGGGAAGGGAUAGGUAUAUUAUUUGUAUUUUCCUUGGUUUUUCGCAUACAGAGACGACACAAAAUAUACCUUUUUAUUUUCCCUGGUCUCACAUCAGGGUAUCUGUGGACACGUACAAAGAAAUAUGCAUCGUACUGAUCUGCGCAGCAGCAGUAUAAGUCUUUAUGUUAUUAAUCAAGAUGAGACAACACUGGUUACUGCAUCCCCAGGCUAGGGACGCAACAUUUCAAAUAUGUCACAAGUUUAAAGUUCAAAGGCCCAGUCUGCUCAACAUGAUAAAAUAGAUUUCAUGAUUUUUGCUGUAGAUGUUUGAUUUGGGUAACAAAAAUAUUGACUGGUUCUAUUUUGGGGAACAUCAAACAUAUUGCCCUCAUCUGAAGACUUGGGCCAAUUAUGAUUCUAUUGCAGGCAAUAUAUUUGAUAUUCCCCUCAAGGCUAGUCAAUGUAAUAUAAUUGUUAUAUGUCAAAUGUUACAAUGAAGUAAAAGCAUGGAAUGCUUACUUGUUUAAAAUUUGUUGCAACAUGGUGGUUUCAAUUUUAGGAUACAUGAGAAUGUACCUUAAAAAAUAUUUGAAAUAUGAAGAUCAAUACUUUAUAGCAAGCCUUUAUAUUGUUUGUAUUUUAUCUGUGGGUUUAUUAUACAUGCCUAUAAAGCAGUUUUAUGAUGCUAAACCUCCUAAAAAUACAGAGUGCCGUUUAUUCCUAUAAUAGUAUAAGCAUAUUUUAUAGCAAAUUAUGUUGUGAUGAACUUCGGGGGAGCAUUUCAUGAAAGGACUUUUUAUCCAACAGUUAUCAGAGUAAAAGUGCUUCUUAGCCAAUCAAAAUCAAGGAAAGAUGUCAGAUCUGACAACUUGUCGGACAAAAAUGUUGAUGAAACGCUCGUCAGGGAGUGUUUCAAGAAAUUUGUCGACACCGACUAACAUCACUUCUGACAAUGUUAGUGAAAACCUUCAUUUGAUUGGCUACAAAGCACCGACCUCUUGACUGUUACCAUAGAAACAGUCAGAGAAAGACAUUGUGGUACUGACAACUUUCAUGAAACAGUCCCUAGUUGUCUGAUAUAAUUUGUAAAGUUAUGGUUAUUUGAAAUGAAGUAUGUAUCCCCCCUUUUUUAAAUAAAUCAUCCAGUUUUUAACAGAAGUAUGAUAA